ACUCCAAAGUCUCUUCUUUCUUGACAUCGGUCAUAAAAAAUGGAUUACAGAGAAUCCGAUGAAACCCAACCAAAGUACAAAGGGAUCCGUCGCCGGAAAUGGGGGAAAUGGGUAUCGGAGAUUAGAGUUCCGGGAACUCGUGACCGUCUCUGGUUAGGCUCAUUCUCAACAGCUGAAGGAGCCGCCGUAGCACACGACGUAGCUUUCUUCUGUUUACACCAACCCGAUUCGUUAGAGUCUCUCAACUUCCCUCAUUUGCUUAAUCCUUCGAUGGCUUCCAAAACUUCUCCGAGAUCUAUCCAGCAAGCUGCUUCUAACGCCGGGAUGGCUAUUGACGCCGGAAUCGUCCACAGUACCAGCGGCGUGAACUCCGGGUAUGGUGAUACGGUGACGUAUUAUGAGAAUGGAGGAGCUGAUGAAGUUGAGCCGUUGAAUAUUUCAGUGUAUGAUUAUCUGGACGGUCACGAUCACGUUUGAUCCGAGUGUUGUUUGGAGCCUAGUAGUAUGCACCAAAAGGGUUGUGAAUAUACCAUACAUGUAAGGUUUUGAUCAAUGUUUGGUUCAACGAUUCUGUGAAGUCUGGUCCAUUGUAUACCAUUCUAUUAAAGAAGCCUCGCGGCAUGAUUAAAGAUAUGAAUUUAGGUACUCAAAAAGGGUUGUGAAUAUACCAUACAUGUAAGGUUUUGAAUUUUGAUCAAUGUUUGGUUCAACGAUUCAGUGAA